AAUCUUAUUUCCCGCAUUUCAAUAACGAUGUCUUUUGAUUAUUUUUUUUAACGGUCGUUCAACAGCUGUUAUGGCGCCGAAGUUGUAACCACUACACAUGCUGCUUGUUGCACAAGUUUAUGUAACGUUUGUUGAUGAAAUUGUGAUUUGUUUAUUGUUAUUUUCGUUAAAAAACACUAAGUAGUGAUUGUUAAAUAUGUCGUUCAGUAAAGCAAGACUCCAAAGAUUUAACGAGGUUAAAUUAACUCCUUCGUCUACUAGUAAGGGACUUUCUGAAAACCCAAAGAUAAGACCAAAGCUAACUUUAUGUGAUAAAUCAAUAGAUAAAUCCAAAUCUGAAACAGGUUCUUCCCAAAGCAUUCCAGUUUUCCGUACCCCAACUGUGUUGAAACAGAAAUUGAAAAAGACUGUAAAAACAUGUACCUCAUCAACCCCCAAUAUUAAAGAAGCUGCAAACCAGAAUUUGGAGAUUUUAAGGGAAAAAAUUGUGGAAUGUGAAAAUAAAGAUGCUUUUAUUAAAGAUUUAACGCAACAACUUGAAGAAUUGAAAGAAAAAAUUAAUCAAAUUCGAAAAGAUAAAGAAAAUAUUGAAAAUGAAAAAACAAAAUGUGAACAAGUAAUUAACGAUUUAAAAAAACAACACGAAAUCAAUUUAGAAACUAUACAGAGUGAAUUCCAACAAAAAUUAUUGAAAACUUCGAGUUUAAAGGUUAAAGUAUGUGAAAAACUUCAUCAUUUAAAGGAAGAUUUUGAAAAAUUUCGAAAUAUUUAUGUUACUGAUUUAAAUGAUUUGAAAAAUAAUUUCGGCGAACUUCCGGUUCGUUUUAACGAAUAUUCGUUACAAUACGACACGAUUUUAAAACAAAAACAAGCAGAAAUCGAUCACCAGAAAAAAAAUUUGGAAGUAUUAAAACAGAAUUCCAUCGAAAUUGAAAAGCAAAACUCCGCUCAAAUAGAAAACUUGAAAAAAGAACAACAAAUCGAAAUGGAAAAUUUAGAAUUCGAAUUGUUGAAAACUAUGACUAAUCUGCAAAAAGAAAAAGACACUUGCGCGAUAAAAAUCGCGGAAAUGCAGAAAAUAAUGGAUGCGAAAAUAGAAGAAACAAGAGAAGUUUUUGAAAAAGAAAAAAUUAAGUAUCAGUUAGAAUUGAAAAUGAAUGAUAAACAGCAGGAAAAUCGCGAUAGCGACUUGGAAAAAUUGGAAUUGGAAUGGAAAACGAAGUUGAAACAACAAGAAACUAAAGCUGAGGCUAUUUUAAAAGAAUGUCAAGCUAUAAGUGAAUACAAUAUAAUACAAUGCACUCUUGAAAAAAACGCAGUCACCAACGAUCUAAAACAAACUACAGAACAAUUAAAUAAAAUUAAAACAAACUAUGAAGAACUAACAGACGAUUUUAAUAACUUGAAGAACAAAUACGACGUUCUAGAAUCGGAAUUGAUUUCCAAAAAAGAAGAAUUACAAGCUGUGCAGACAUAUUUAAAUGAAGAAAUAGAACAAUACAAGAAAGUGUCGAAAGAAAAAUCAGCAUUUGAAUAUACAAUUAAAAAUUCCCAACGUACCAUUGAGGUAUUAACUAAACGACUAUUUCGUUCAGAUCGAGACGUGGAACAACUAAAAGAAGAACUACAAGAUUACGAGGAGAAAAUGUUGGAAUAUGAAGAAAAAAACGCGCAGUUGCAAUCUGAUUUAAAGCACAUGCAGGAAUUCAACGAAGAACUUGAAAUGCAAUUUGAAUCUACUAUAAAAUUGAAUUGCAAAGACGUGGAAAAUCUCGGUGAUAAAUUGUUGAAAGAAGUAGAUGAUUAUAAAAAAGAAGUUGGUUUGUAUAAGAAGAAAUUUGAACGGGAAGAAAAAUUGAAAAAAGAUAUUAUGCUUCAACUUCACGAGGCUUACGAUAUGAUCAAUAGGUUGAAAGAAGGGUACGAAAACGCCGAAACAUUAUGCAGUCAACAUAAAUUUGAGGUGGAACAAUCACAGAAUGAGUUAGAAGACUAUCACAUGAGAGAAAUGGAUUGGAAUAUAAUAAAAGACAAAUUAGAAUGUACGGUAAAAGACCUAGAGAAUAAUUUGGAAUCGAAAACGCGCGAAAUAGCAGAACUCAAACAACAAAUUGCCUCUUUGAAACAGGAAUCUGAAUCUAUUUCACAUUAUUCGGAGUAUUACAAACAAAAAGUUGAGGAACUGGAAUCAGAACAGAGAGAUAAUGGAAAAAUUCAUAAAAAAUAUAUCGAAUUGUCCGGGAAAUACGAUUUUUUGUCGAGCAAAUACGAAGAAUUAGAAGUGGAAAACUCCCAUAAUAAAAUGAAUUUGAGAAAAUUGAUAGAAGAAAGGAACGACGAUAAUUGGAAGAUGAAAUAUGAAUCGCAGGUUGUUUUAUGUAAGAAACUCGAGUUGGAGAAUGAAAAAUUAAAACGGGAAAUUGAAGAUCGUUUGUAUGAUUUGGAUAUUAAACAACGAACACCAAAGAGCAAAAAAAUAAAAGACGAUGAUAGGGAUACAAAGAAGUAUAUAAAGAAAAAUAGGAAUCCGAAAGAAGAUAAAGAAAACAUGAACAGUCCAAAUAGGACGUUGAAUUCCAGUAGAAUCGAUUCUCCUUUGAGAGACAGAAAUUGAAUCAUCGAUAUGUGUUUUAAUUUAUUUGUAAGGUACAUCGUCGUAUUAUUUCAAUCACUAGGUAUAUUAUUUAUUUUUGUAUGAAAAAAAAAACGAUUUUAUUUAUUUUUAUUGUUUAUUUAAUCACAAAAGCGAAGUCCAAGAAAUUGAUGUACAUCUGUCUUAAAUUGAUUAAAAAAUGACUUUCAAGUUCAAAUUUGAUUGUAAAUAUUCAAUGUUUGGUUUAAAAACCUUCGUAAAAUCUCACCUUUGAAAAUAAUUGAAGUCUAAUUUUGGAUAUGUGAAUAUAAAGGAUGAAAAAAUACCAAAUUCUUAUUUAUUAGGAUUGUAGCUUAUUUUAAUCAUUCCGAAGCGUCUUUAAGAUGAUGAAACUUACUAAGUAAGCUCGGUUAAUUCAAAAAUAAUUUUAGGUAAAGCUGAAAUUAGAAAGUUACCAAUAAGUACCAAGGACGUUGAAAAAAAAAUAUUUUUGCUGUUUGAUUUUUUAUAUUUUUUUCUCACAUAAAUUUAUACAGCAUUGGUAAAACAAUCCAAAGGAAUAUUUUUUCUUAAAAAAAGCGUUAAUUCCACCAAAACUAAACAUUCUGGUGGCUGCGAAACAAAUUUUCACAAAUUUAGUAAUUUUUUUUGGUAUUUGCAGUUUUUUUCGAUACAUUCCUUUCAUUUUCCACCAUUUCUUCUAUUUUUGUGACUUUUUCAUUAACACACAUUCACUGCUUUCAUACUACAGGAAAUUUUCACUAUUUUCCCAUAUUUUUCUCCAUUUUGUCUACCGCAUGGUAACUUAUUGACAUGUGACAGUUGUUUUUUGACCUAUGAAAAAUUUGUCGCCAUUUCAAGUAGAUCACAAUUUAUCUCGACUGUUCCUUGGUAAAAUCUCAAUUUAUUUUCAUUCCACCAAUUAGUGUACACCGCCAUUUCUUCAUCACAACUUUUUGACAUCUGACACAUGUUUUAUAAAAUAUUUCGCCGCCAUUUUGUAAACUUCAAAAUUUGACAUAUGACAGAUGUGUCAGUGAAAAAAAUAUGUCCUUUCGAAUUUUCAAUCACAUCGGCAAUAUUUCGCCCAAUUAACAGUAGGAAAUAUCUAUUUUAAGGUGUUUUUAGUGUUUCUCCUGGUACCGAUUAUGUUUACGAGUAUCCUAAAUCGUGUUUCCAUAACCAACCGUCCUAUUAUGGUGUUAUUUAUUUCAUUAUUCCAAUAAAGGAAAUACACCAUUCACUUUGUCAGUAUUGUAUUAUUUGACUGAUCGAUUAUGUCAUAAAAUUGUAGGUUAUAAGUCAAUGUUUAUUUAUUUUACUAAUUUGUUCACAAUAAAUUGUAAUGUUCGACAUAAAA